AUGCACGAUCUUGAGAGGCAUAUUGUGAUACACAAUUAUAAAACCCUUUACUAUGAGCACCUAGUGAGGAACUACAAUACAACAUGUGAAAUAUACGUGGUGCAUGAAUCUGAAGAGGAAGAACAAGAGAAUUCGGGUCAAAUUCUAGUCAAGUUCAAGGUGAAGCCCCUUGGUGAAAAUUGCUAUCUCUCCCAUUGGUGA